UUUCGGUCACCUGAAUCUGCUGUUCUUACAGCACCGGUUUCAUUUUAAUCAAUCAAUUAUUAUCCGACAGAUUAUAUCCGUCCUUAUCUUGCCAUAUAACUUCCCCAAGGUUUUCACAAGAGUCCGGCUGCCUGCUCCGUCGAUGCGGAACGUCCCCACACGCCGUCUCUUGGGCUCUGGCGGCAGACCUCGAUGAUCCCUCGUUUCACCUUACGAUCAAACGAGUCGCUUGAAAACCGGCUAUAUUGUGUUACCGGACCUUCUACUACUGAUUUCCCUCACGUAUUCUCAGUUCGUAUGCGCAAUCAUGGCCUCGCAUAUGCCUCCGGCCACAGGCGCGGGGGCCUCAGCCCCUCGAAAGGUCGAGGAAAUCACCCGAAUGGCGCAGAACUAUGAUUACAACCCUUCGAUUCCUCUACGGUAUUGGCUAAGGACCGCAGCGACUUUACUGCGAGAGGCUCGUAUAUACGAACGAGAGGGGCACGAUGAACAAGCGUACUUCCUAUUAUUUCGCCAUGCUCAGUUGGUGCUCGUAAACCUGGCAAAGCAUUCGGAAGCCAAAGAUGAGCAGAAUCGAAAAGCUCUGAUGGAAGCGGAGAAGGAAGUCAGCAGAAAUCUCGAAAAGUUGGAAAUCCUCAGACCUCGAAUCAAUAAACGACAUAAACGCUAUACAGAGUUGAUGAAUGAUCGCCAAGCUCGAAGCCCACCUCUAGGAACGACUCAGACCGUGCCGAACAAGCAACAGCCUCAGGAUCCCGCAUUAGUAGGUGUUGCCGAGCCUCUGGAGGCUGGCGAGAAUCGAGACCUGGCUGUCAGAUUAGCGAGGACGGAAAUACACCGGAGGGCCACAGCCAGGAAAGCUGUACGCCAAGCUGGAAUAACACCCGAAGAGGAGCAGCGUCGGCGCACGGCAGGUAUCUGGGGUGACUGGGAGAACGCUCUGGACAAGAAUGGCCCAGGGACAGACAAUGACUUGAGUCGACGGAUUAAAAAUGUGAGGAUCAAUAUGGACCAUGCGGACCGUCAAAAGAAGGCAACAGAAUCCACAGCACGGCCGUUGACUACAGGAUCCUCUACGUCCACGUAUAAGUACCCAACAGUGCCUCGUCAGAAGGCGCUAGAUAUUGCGCCCUCCGUGACCAAAGAAACGAGAGAUGCGACGAUGUCCUUCCCAGCAGCUCCGGUGCGGCCUCCAAAAGAACGAUUUGAGCCUCUCCAGCCGGUGGUCUCAUCGCCGCCACCAAGACCGGACAAGAUCUCCCCUACGCCCCUGACAUCCGCAGCUCAAAUACAAGCUCCAGCUCCUCCAGCGAAAGUCAAGCCAGUUGCGGAUGGUGGGGAUGGCCGGUCAAACCUGGACCCAUCUAGUUUCACCUUCAAACCGUCCGCCUACCUGGAGAAUGGCACCCCUCUCCGGACGGUUUUUCUACCCCCAGAGCUACGAUCAACGUUCCUUUCGCUCGCCGCUUCGAACACACGACGCAACCUGGAAACAUGUGGUAUACUUUGUGGGACCUUAAUAUCCAACGCUCUAUUCAUCUCCCGGCUUCUCAUCCCCGAGCAAACCUCCACCUCGGACACUUGUGAAACGGUGAACGAAACUGCAAUAUUUGAAUACUGCGACUCGGAGGAUUUGAUGAUCCUUGGCUGGAUCCAUACCCACCCGACCCAAACGUGCUUUAUGAGCUCAAGAGAUCUGCAUACUCAUUCUGGGUACCAGGUGAUGCUUCCCGAGAGCAUUGCGAUCGUCUGCGCUCCGAGCAAAACGCCGGACUGGGGCGUUUUCCGAUUGACUGACCCACCUGGCCUCAAGACGGUCCUCAACUGUACGCAGCCCGGUUUGUUUCACCCACACCCCGAGACCAACACCUACACCGAUGCGCUACGACCUGGGCAUGUGUUCGAAGCCAAGGGGCUUGAAUUCGAGACGGUGGAUCUGCGCCCUAACGGAUCCUAAAUCUACCGAUGGCUGCCACUUCACGAUUUAUGAGAGCGUACUAUUCCACUUUCUAGAGUCCUCAUUCUAUGUUUAUGUUGUCGGAUAUCCCAUCUCUUGCUCCGUUUUCAAAUAAAAUCUCUGGGGCGCUAUGUGUGCAGUAUAGAUAGCUUCUGAUGUAGUACUACGAAAGAUUCAGUCAGGAUGAAUUAGGCGUGACACGCUAGGGAAUGAGGACGAACGAAUUGUCCUGUAGGAUUGAUAAUAAGAGAAA